AUGGCUGUUCCUUCUAGGGAUGUUCCAGAUGCCAUGACUUGGGUUGUAUAUACAUCGGGCAGGGGUAGGUUGCCUUUGGAUGAUGUAUUGAUGAAGUUUCAAUUUCAUAUGCCGUCCAAAUGUUUUUGCUGCGUGGACUCUCAAGCUGAAACGAUUGACAAGCAAGAGAACUGUAUUGCAGAAUCUUUGUCAUCAAGUGUCGUUUGUAAUUCUUCUGGAUCUCUUUGGUUGUUUUACAAUGGCCCCGCUACCCUGGUGCGAGUAGGUGAGGGGGAGCAGCAUUUUUCUUUUCGUGUCCUUCAUAGUGUCCUCCCAACCCCUCUGACGAUCUCCUUCGUCCAUGCAUUUUGCACGACUGAUGAGAGACGAGCUUUGUGGGGUGGGUUGAUGCGGGAUAAACCGGUAGAUGGGCCGUGGCUGGUAGGUGGAGACUUUAAUGUAGUAGUAGAUGAGGGGGAAAAGAAGGGAGGGUGGUUAUUCCGUCUGUCGGAGGCAACUGAGUUCUUGGAUUUUAUGUCCUCAGCGGCAUUGUUUGAUGUUGGAUUCUCCGAGUCUCCGUAUACUUGGUAUAAUAACCGGUUUGGUCACGCACGUAUUUGGAAGUGUCUGGAUCGGAUUUUAGUUCAUAAUGAAUGCCUUAAUGAUGGGCUUGUGGUUGCUGUCUCGCAUCUUGCUAGGGAUCCACCAGAUCAUUCACCCCUCCUGACCUCUAUCUCCACACGGGCAGAUAGGCAUCCCCGUCCGUUUCGUUUUCUCAAUGCAUGGACCGCUCACCUGGAUUUUAGAGAGGUUAUCAAGGCCUCCUGGCAACGAGAAUGUACUGGCUCCCCUUUUCAUAUCGUCUGUGUGAAACUAUCCCGCUUAAAAGCAGAUAUUAAAGAAUGGAGCAAGCAUGGGUUUGGCAAUAUCUUUGUCAAUGCACGAAAGGCCGAGGAGACCGUGUUGGCGGCAGAGAGAUGGGUGGAGGAUGAUGACUCAAGUGAUGCCCUAGAGACUUUACAGCGGGCCACCUCCGAAUGGCAUCGGUGGUUGCUAAUGGAGGAAAGUUUCUGGAAGCAAAAGGCGAGAAUGCGCUGGCUAGACCAGGGGGAUAAGAACACUAAAUUUUUCCAUUCUAUUGUCAAGCAGAGGCGAGCUCAAUCAAUGAUUCACCGUGUUAAAGAUGGGGAGGGCAAUUGGAUUACGUCGGCCGAGGACAUUGGCAGGGAGGCGGUUCGGUAUUUCUUCGAACUUUUUGCCGCUGAGACUACGGACCCUUGGGACGUUUCAUCCGUUAUCCCCAAGUUGCUGGAGCCGUCUGACAGUGAGGUGUUGGAAAUGGUCCCUACGAUUGAGGAGGUUCGACGCGUGAUUUUUAGUAUAGAUGGAGACAGUGCGCCAGGUCCUGAUGGGUACUCAGGUAAAUUUUUCUUGUUUGCCUGGGAGGUGGUCUCGAGGAUCCUGGCAGAGAGACUUGCCCCUCUGUUGCCCCGCAUUGUCUCCCCUAAUCAGAGUAGCUUCGUGCGGUGGCGCCAGUUGUCGGAUAAUUUCCUUCUAGCUCAGGAGGUGGAUAGACAUGGUCUGGCGGCUGAUUUCCAAUCCUUGGUUUUCGGUUCUCAUCAAUGGGGUUCCGUGUGGUUUCUUCUCAGCUUCGCGUGGACUCCGGCAGAGGGACCCCCUCUCCCCGUCUUUGUUUAUCUUAGGUGUGGAGGUCCUCUCACGCCUGUUAAACUAGAUUGA